ACUUCCAACUGACCAAACAUCCAACACUACUAGACUGUAUUUUUUACUCUCUGAAUAUAUAUAUAUAUAUAUAUAUAUACUAGUGAUCAAGAAUGGAUAUCAUUCGAAGCUAUUACUCGGACUCACUUACUGAAUCUUCAUCACUUUCUGAUAGCAGCAGCUCCCCAUGUAAUAGAGCUAAUCUUUCUGAUGUGGAAGUUUUGUUAGCUUCGAAUAACCCCAAGAAGCGAGCAGGGAGGAAGAAGUUUCGAGAAACUCGACACCCAGUAUACAGGGGUGUGAGGAGGAGGAAUUCAGACAAAUGGGUUUGUGAAGUCAGACAACCAAAUAAGAAAUCAAGAAUAUGGCUUGGAACUUACCACACUGCAGAAAUGGCGGCCAGAGCUCAUGACGUGGCGGCUAUUGCAUUAAGGGGUCGUUCUGCUUGCUUGAACUUCGCAGACUCUGUUUGGAAGUUGCCUAUCCCUGCUUCCUCCGAAGCUAAGGAUAUUCAGAGAGCGGCAGCGGAGGCCGCCGAGGCUUUCCGGCCAUCUGAGCCAGAAGCAGUUUCAGGAAAAUCAUGUGCUGUAACGCCAGAAAGUAAUAAGUUUUUUAUGGAUGAGGAAGCUCUGUUUUGCAUGCCGGGAUUGCUAGCAAAUAUGGCGGAAGGACUAAUGCUGCCUCCACCUCACUACGUAGAAGCUGGAGAUUAUGUGGAAGCUGCUGCUGAUAUGCAUCUAUGGAGUUAUAUUAUUUAAAUACUUCCGAUUAUUGCCUCCUUCGAAUAAUCUAUAUCAUCAUAAGUAUAUAUAGUCAAUAUGCAAUCAGAAUGCUCGAGGUGAAGUUCCUUCAAUUAGGAUUUACUAGGAGAUACUGGUACGUAGUUUCGUACUCAAUAUUUGGAUGGUACGAAUAUACAAUAGCAUUGUAAUUUACUACAACGAUGUAAAUAGUAAUUAAGUAGUACUCUUAUGCUCUACUACAAGUGUUUUGGCUAAAUUCAGAACAUUGACCCUAGUUAGCGUCACCAAUUUUGGGAUAACUUGUCAAUUGGAUGACUUGGUUUAGGCAAGUGAGGAAAGAAAAAAAGCUUUGUUAUUUCAUGCCAUUGUAUUUGAACGAAAGUCCUUUUCUUUCCUGA